UUCAGGACGUGUGGGAUACUGGGGUACUACAGCUAGUGCCGGGAGAUAUAUACAAUCACAUGAUUGAGUGAGUGCCAGAAAGAGUCACAUGAUGUUUUCCAGACGCUCCAACAAUUCUUGAUGGACAGUCAUAGUCAAAAGAUGACUUGCUGAUAGUGCAGUAUUGUGAGAUCACUUGCUCCUCUUCUCGUCGGUUAUAAAGAAAGUGGAGUCAUACAUGGAGGCAGAGAGAAGGGAAGCCGAGGAAGGUUCCUCUUCUCAAAAUAAUCUUCCUCAAAACAUAGAUCACAGAUUGAUGUCUCAAGAAUCUCUGCCACCUGUAAACUCAGUGCCUGUAGAUGAAGAGGAGGCUGUGUUGGUGGACAGGCAAGCGAUAGAGAACCUCACAGAGGGACUUCUCUCUCACUACCUGCCGGAUUUACAAAACUCUAAACAAACUCUUCAAGAGCUCACGCAAAACCAAGUCAUCUUACUUGAAACACUGGACCAGGAAGUAACCAAGUUCAGAGAGUGCAAUGCUCUGCUGGAUCUGAAUUCACUGUUUACAGAGGCAAAGAUUUACCACGGUAAGCUGAUAAACAUCCGGAAAGAGAUGAUUAUGCUCCACGAGAAGACAACCAAAUUAAAGAAGAGGGCGCUCAAGCUGCAGCAGCAGAGACAGAAGGAGGCAUUGGAGAAAGAGCAACAACGAGAAAAGGAACUUGAGAGAGAGAGACAACUCAUCGCGAAGCCUGCUAAAAGAUUGUAACAGUACUAUUAACAAAUAACUGGAUCUGUUAUGUCAUUGCUAAGAGUCCUAUAGACCAAAUAAAUAGACUGUAACUUCAGGCGGUUAACAUUUCACACUGACCUCUGAAGACCACUAGGUUACAAUACUCCAUUGAGACCUAGUUGGCAAUGCCGAAGAGAACAUUGCUGUCUGGAAGUAUGGAAUGUGUUCAGAAAGAGCAUCAGUGCAUAUAUGGUGUCCAUUUUUGAAUUAAGUCUGGAGUUUUGUGCAGUAUUGUAGACCAGCAGGGUUUUUUUCAUAUCAAACUGUCUUAAUGAUUUGGUCUUUAACAGUCAUGUGCUCUGGCUGUCAAGGUUAUAUUGCUCUUGUAUAUCUGGUCAUUGUCAAUAGGUUAUUGAGCACUAUUUGAGAAGUACCGAAGAUCUUAAUGUCAUAACUACUAGGAUUGACACAUCAUCCUAUCAUUGCACAUGUAGGUCUGUAUCUUCCUGUUAGAUCUCCUUUUUUUUUUUAUUACAACUAACUUUAGAGAACCUGUGUGAGUCGUCCACUGCCAUUUUUGUAUCUUUCUAUUGAAAGAUACAGAAAAGCUGUGAGAAUAUAGACGUUUGAAUAAAUCGAAAAUAUUUCUUUGUACUUGUG